AUGUUCCCUCUUUUACAAACCAACAACACUCUUGCAUUGUCUGAAGAGCUUGCUGAGUUUGAGGGGUACUCUUCUCGGUUAGCAACAUUAGAUUACAACAUCUGUGUUCAGAGUGAUCUGUUUGUGACGAAUCAAGGGGGGAACUUCCCUCACUUUUUGAUGGGACACAGGCGUUACCUGUUAGGAGGGAAUGCAAAGACAAUUAAAUCCGACAAACGGAAGUUGGCCUUAUCUUUUGACGACCCAAAUAUCAGAUGGAGUCGAUUCAAGCACCACAUGCUGGAAAUACUGCACCAUAGUGACAUAAGGGGCAUCGCAUUCAGGAAACCUAAUGAUUCCAUAUACACCUUCCAAAUGCCUGAUUGCAUGUGCUAA